GCCAAAAAGAGAAGUGGGAGUGGAGAGAUAUAACUGAAUUACCAAGGCAGGACAUCUUUGUCAAAGGAAGGAAAGAGCAGUGCAGGAAAGGAGGAAGAGAAAAGGCUGAAAUAGGAGUGACCGUUCCACAGAGGUCAGUUUCACACAGAGCCAGUGGAGAUAUUACAGGCAGACAUGAAAACUAUUUAAAUAUAACGUAUAAAGACCUAUAUAAUCAUCUCAGCCAGUAUUUGACGGAAUUGUCUGUUUCUUUGAGGAAAGAAAAUUGUAAGUAAAGAGAAAAGUUUUAGGAAAGGUGUUUUUGAGGGAACGGACAACCUACUCUAUUACACUAAUACAAAAACUGGACUAUCAUACCUGACAGAAUGAUGAACGGCAAGAUGAGUCUUUCCCGUAAUGGUUCCUUGGAGAAACCCGCCUCUCUGCAGCCCCCCACAGAUCGGGGGGAGCCCGAAUCUCCUCACCCGCGUCUCCAUCACACCGGUUCCAUAUCCUUCAGUACUCCAGCAAACCUGUCCAGCUCAGGUGUGGUGGUUCCUCCUCCGUACUCAGAAGGCAGUGCAGUGAUCGACUCUCCUCUGGAGCUGAGGGGCUCUUUGGACUGUUGGGCCUGUUCUGUUCUGGUUACAGCACAGAAUCUGGUCAUCGCCGCGCUCAACGUAGCUUUGGCUGCAUUUAUCUUCGGCCUCAUCCUCUUACCAACUCUCAUCAUGGUCGUUUUUGGCUUCCUCUGCCAUUCUACGGUUCAGCGCCACGGUACUUCCGUCUACUGUUCAGAUCUCUUGGACGAUGGAGGUUGUGUGGCUUUGCUGGUGGUGGGGUUCCUGCUGCUGGCUCCGCUCCUCGUUCUGGCUCUGGCCGCUUAUUGCAGGAUGGCCCGCCACCUCCAGCUGGGCCUGUGCUUCAUUCCCUACAGCCGGGCCGUCUACAAGAACCUGCCUGCAUCAGGUCAUCGAGGCCUGGGGGUCUGCUGUGGCCAGCAGGGGACAGGAGAGAGCGAGGGAAAGGGAAGCGUGUGGGUUUGAGCAGACUGAAAAUCCUAAAGAAGAGCCUGGUGAAUUUAAUGUGAAAAGCCAUUGCAAUAGGUCACACACAGAGCCCAAAUAAUCCCAAAACAGAACAGAUGACGAUACAAGCAUUGCCAUGUUCUCAACAGAUUUGUCAAAAUUAUAUAUAUAUAUAUAUAUAUUUUUAU